AUGCGCGAGUUUGCCUUGAAGAUUAAGGACUCAGUGGAUCCUGAGGCAGUUGCUGAACGAUCUUAUCAGGAUCCGAGCAGCUACUGGCCCUUUUCGUCCCGAAGGACAGAGCUGGAGGGAUGGCGUCUUGCCCCCGAAGAAGGCUUUGGACGUCUCAAGUGGAAUUACCUGCCCACAGAACAGGAGCGUGAGGCCUAUCCUCAAGACACCCCCUCGCGGUUCUUCCUCGAGCGCCCAAUGUUGACUCCCGAGUUUGGAGCAGCCAAAAAGCCGUCUGAGACUGUUUUCAAUGCGGCACGAUUCCACAGCAACGUCCAAAUCAGCCAGCUGGGCUGUUGGGCAGCCGACAUGAGCUGCGUUUUCUUCGUAACUCCCAUGCUCAUUAUCACCUGGUAUCUCACCGGAGCGGUCAUUCCUGAAGCCCAGGCCAUUGAACUGGUGAAUUAUAUCCUAGCAAGCCAGAAUGAAGACGGGGGAUGGCCAACCUACCUCCGAGAGAAGACGGCACUGAUGGGGACGAUCAUGAUCUACGUGGCUCUUCGGUUAAUUGGUUUGCCUGCCGAAAACGAACAUCUUGUCAAAGCCAGGGGCUGUCUGCUGCAGAUGGGCGGAGCGGCGUAUUUGCCUUGCUGGGCCAAAUUCUGGCUCGCCAUGCUCGGUCUAUAUGAAUGGGAAGGAACUGAUCCAUACCCAGCUGAAAUAUGGCUGCUUCCCGAAUGGCUACCCAUUAGCCCGUGGAAAUGGUACUGCUUUCCUCGCCAGGUGUAUAUGGCAAUGAGCUUUCUUGCUGCGAGAAAGUUCACCAUUCCAUCAAACCCUCUUCUUGACCAAAUCCGAGCAGAGAUAUAUGUUGAAUCCUAUUCCUCCCUAAACUUCGCCUCACUAAGAGGCAUGGUUCUCCAGAACGACCGUCAUCAACCAAAAAGCUGGGCCCUGAACGCAUUGAACUGGGCUGUAGCCAAUAUAUGGACUCCGUUCUUUCGCACCCAAGCCUUGGCUCAGAGAGCUGAAGAGAAGGUAUGGGAGCUGAUUUACCUCUGCGACAAAGCCAACAACUCAACUGGAGGCGGAUGCGUUGAUCAAUAUCUCUUCAUGCUCGCAUUCUAUUGUAAAUGGGGGCCAGAUUCCAAGGAUCUCAAGCGCAUCCAACAAAACAGCUUCGAGUAUCUGUGGAUGAGCCCUAAAGGGAUGCAAUCAAUGAGUAUCCAUGGGGGUCAUGCUUGGGAGACGUCUUUUGUUCUUCAAAGCUUGGUCGAAUCUGGUGUAUCAGAGACACCUGAGCUGAAAGAAACAACCCAGCGUGCGUACAAAUACUUGGUCGACCAGCAAUAUCUGGAAGACUGGGCGGAUUCUCCGCCAUGUUAUCGAUUCAGUCGACUUGGUGGCUGGCCCUUUACCGCCAAAUACAGCGGAAUGGCGUGUUCGGACUGUACUGGAGAAGCAUUCAAGGCCAUUCUGUUGCUUGAGAAGCAUACCAAUCUUCCCCGGCUCACCACAGACCAGAGCCACCGACUGGCAGUGGAUAAUUUACUCUUGGUUCAGAAUACAACCGGGGGAUAUAGUACUUUCGAGCCCACUCGCACGACCCCUCUUUUGGAGCGUUUGAAUGGAACUGAAUUAUUCGGUAAAGUGAUGGUGGAAUAUGACUUUACGGAAUGUACUUCUUCAGCCAUCACCGCCCUGGCCCUCUUCCAGUCCCAGGACCCGUCGUACCGAGCAGAUGAGGUGAAGCGUGCUAUUACUCGGGGGCUUCAGUACAUUCACCAAGAGCAGCGGGCGGAUGGCGGAUGGCUUGCUGGUUGGGGAGUCGGUUUCACCUAUGGGACCAUGUUUGCUUUGGAAGCUUUGGAAAUGGCAGGUAAAAACUACAGUAACCACUUUGCGGCCAAAAAGGCUUGUGAAUUCCUUCUUGAUAAACAAAAGCCAGAUGGAGGGUGGGGAGAGACGGUCGAUUCCAUCCUCAAAGAAACAUAUACUCAGUCGGACGAUACCCACACAGUUCAGACCGCAUGGGGCUGCAUCGCACUCAUGAAUGCAUCAUACCCUGAUCCAGAGCCGAUCAAGAAAGGAAUCCGAUUGAUUAUGAGUCGACAGAAACCCAACGGAGAAUGGCCACAGGAACGACCAGUCGGAAGUGGCAUUGUGACUUGUGAACUGCUGUACCACAAUUACGUGUAUUCGUUUGGGAUCCGGGCUGUGAACAUGUACAGACAGAGAUACGGCGAUGAAGCGCUGUUGGGAUGA